GUCAUCAGACCAGUUUUCCUUUUUGUCUUUUGUAAACUACAUCCUUGUCCUAUACAGAACCAUGAGGACUUGUGGACAUUAUGUGGGUAAGUGCUGGGGACGGCAUAUAAGAUGCCUGACUUUCUGCCAGCAGAAACUGGAGAUAAGGGACCCGAGAUUGUGGACUGCCAACCCUCCGCGUGUUCGCCUCUAGAUCUUCUGCUUUGCAUGCCUCUAGAGGGCCAAGGCAGAAAUGCCUACGUGUCCCAAGGUCGUGCUUUAUGGCAUGCACAUGUCAUGUUCUCCAUAUAGUUACUUCUUGGGAUGCUAGUCUUUUUCUUCUAUCUGAUCUUCAUGUUCUGUGUUCCUGGACCAACGGUACUUGCUGUGAAACGGGAUGGGAAUGAAACAAAUAUCAUGGGAAAUUAUACAGAGAUGAUCACCCAGGCUGGGGUCAAGGCAGUUAUGCAGGUCAUGGGAAAGAACCUGCAGCCUGGGGAAACUUUUCAGGCUUGGAUAAACUGUACCAAAUGUGUGGUCAACUAUAGCACAUGGUAUGAUGUGUAUCAGCGCACUGGACUCAAAUUGGCCAUGAUGAAUAAUUCAGUUUCUGAGGAUAUUCCAAAGGCAUUGUAUAAAACUUGAGACCCUAAGGGGUGUGGGCUGAAGACUGUGGAUGGAGUAACAUGUAGAUGGGAUGACAAACUAAAAGUGUGGGAACCUAGAAUAGGAGGAAAAUAGUGGCCUCCACCAGGAAAGGGAGAUGGCAACUUUAAUCCAGAUAUUUUGAUUCCUCCUGAAGGAGUGUGGAGACAAUGUGGCAGUGGCUGGAGUGAUUGCUGCAAGUUUUAUUGGGUUCCUAGAUUGAAAAGAGCUGCCAGGAAAGGUGAGCUUCCUUUCAUGGAAGCUCUGAAAAUUGGAUCAGGUCUUCCUUGGAAGUGUUGGGAUAAGAAAGAAAAGUCGCUGACUUACAGGUGCAGGUCUCUUGUCUGAGGUCAUUGUGGCCCACAGGGCUUGUCACAGGGCUUGGUGUUUGCAGAGAGCUGAGGAGGAACUUAGGCAGCUGCAGAGGUCUUGAGGUCGGAGCAGGCUGUGCGAGAAGGAAAUGAUUGUCUGGUACAUUAACCACUGUUCUUAUUUUUACCUUUUUUGCGAAAUUGCAUGUUGCUAGCCUCUGGGUCAAGUGCUCAGAAGAUUGUAUAAUCAUUAAUAAUAAAAAUAGAUUAUGCUUGCUUUGGUGUUAAACCUGGGAUAGUUUCUGUGUUUAAUCAAAGAUGAUGAAGAAUAUAUUGGUGAUUUUCUAAGAAUAAUCUUUGGAAUCAUGAGAACACUCCGUAUUGGGUGAUUUCCGCUUUUCUGUUUCCCCUUGCUUAUGAAAAUAAAAGAGUGAGGUUACCAAGGCAAAAGCAGAAGCUGUAGCAGAAGCUACUUAGCAACUGCAGAAGCCUGAAGUGACCUGUCAGCUUGCAUGAGCACUGUCUCUGAGUCGUUACUAAGCCUUCCAGGUAUCCCGUCCUUCAGACCCCCAAAACUGUUGAGGCUGGUCCCCGGCAGGCAAUGGACCUCACCAUGACCGUUGCUGUACAUAUAAUGAAAACAACUUAGUGGAUGGUGUUUAUUGUCUCCCAGUAGGACACUGGAUUGAGGCCACUGGGCACACCAAUGAAAUGAAGCACACAACAGACUUCUAUUUUAAUAUUGCAGGCCACCAAGCCAUGCAUUAUUCAAGGAACUAAAUCAGGCUUGGCUUUGAAGAGGAGCUGGUGCAAUUGGUUUUGUGUGCUGUUCAAGUUCUGCUGCAAGGAGCUGAGCAGAGAGCAUGGGCGAGCUGGGAAGCCAGGACAUGAAUGCAGUGACAUAUGCUGACGUACAUGUCAACUUCACUCAGGAAGAGUGGGCUUUGCUGGAUCCUUCCCAGAAGAAGCUAUACAAAGAUGUGAUGCUGGAGACCUACAGGAACCUCACUGCUAUAGGCUACAGUUGGGAACAUCAUAAUACUGAAAAAUGUUUUCAGAGUUCUAGAAGAUGUGGUAGGCAUGAAAGAAAUCAUACUGGAGAGAAACUCUCUGAAAAUACUGAAUGUGUUAAGACCUUAGCAUAUCACAGUUAUCUACAAAUACAUGAAAGUGCCUAUACUGAAGAUGAAUGCAAUCCAUGUGAUAAAGCCUUUGCAUAUUACAGUCAUCUCCAAAGUCAUAAAAGAACACAUACUGAAGAGAAAACUUACAAAUUUAAUCACUGUGGUAAAAUCUUUGCCCAUCAGAACAAUCUUCAAAGAACAUAUACUGGAGAGAAACCUUAUGAAUGUAGUCAGUGUGGUAAAGCCUUUGAAUGUCAAAAUAAUCUCCAAAAACAUAAAAGAACUCAUACUGCAGAGAAACUCUAUGAAUGUAGUCAUUGCAAUAAAUCUUUUGUAUGUCAAAAGAAUCUCCAAAUACAUAGAAGAACACAUACUGGAGAGAAACCCUACAAAUGCAACGAAUGUAAUAAAGGCUUUUCAGAACACAGUAAACUCCAAAUACAUAAAAGGACACAUACUGGAGAGAAACCAUACAAAUGUAAUCAAUGUGAUAAAUCCUUUUCACAAUAUGGUCAUCUUCAAAAUCAUAAAAGAACCCAUACUGGAGAGAAACCCUAUGAAUGUAAUCAGGAUGGUAAAGGCAUUGCAAAUCCCAGUGGUCUUCAAAGACAUAAAAGAGAACACACUGGAGAGAAGCCUUAUGAAUGUAAUCAAUGUGGUAAAGCCUUUGCACAUCGCAGUGGUCUCCAAAUACAUAGAAGAACACAUACUGGAGAGAAACCCUACAAAUGUAAUCAAUGUAAUAAAGGCUUUUCAGUACACAGUAAACUUCAAAUACAUAAAAGAACACACACUGGAGAGAAACCCUACAAAUGUAAUCAAUGUGAUAAAGCCUUUUCACAACGUGUUCAUCUUCGAAAUCAUAAAAGAACCCAUACUGGAGAGAAACCCUAUAAAUGUAAUCUGUGUGGUAAAGCCUUUGCCUAUCACAAUGGUCUUCAAAGACAUAAAAGAAGACACACUGGAGAGAAACCUUAUGAAUGUAGUCAGUGUGGUAAAGCCUUUGUAUGUCAAAGUGGUCUCCACGUACAUAAAAAAACACAUUCCGGAGAGAAACCCUACAAAUGUAGUCAAUGUGAUAAAGGCUUUUCAGAACACAGUAAACUUCAAAUACAUAAAAGAACACACACUGGAGAGAAACCUUAUGAAUGUAGUCAGUGUGGUAAAGCCUUUGGAUGUCACCGUAUUCUUCAAGUGCAUAUGAGAACUCAUACUGGAGAGAAACCUUAUGAAUGUAUUCAAUGUGGUAAAGCCUUUGCACAUCAGAAUAGCCUCCGAAUACAUAAAAGAACACAUACUGGAGAGAAACCCUAUAAAUGUAAUCAAUGCGAUAAAGCCUUUGCUUGUCGACGUAGUCUCCAAAUACAUAAAAGUACACAUACUGGAGAGAAACCUUAUGAAUGUAGUCAUUGUGGUAAAGCCUUUGGACAGCGUAGUCAUCUUCGAAUACAUAAAAGAACACACACUGGAGAGAAACCCUACAAAUGUAAUCAAUGUGAUAAAGCCUUUAUAUGUCCUAGUAACCUUCGAUCUCAUACCAGAAUACAUACUGGAGAGAAACCCUAUGAAUGUAAUCAGUGUGGUAAAGCCUUUGCACAUCAAUAUACUCUCCAAGUACAUAGAAGAACACAUACUGGAGAGAAACCCUAUGAAUGUAAUCAAUGUGGUAAAGCCUUUACAUGUCAUAGUCAUCUUCGAAUUCAUAAAAGAACACAUACUGCAGAGAAAACCCUAUGAAUGUAAUCUGUGUGGCAAAGCCUUAGCAUGUAUCACUAGUCUUCAAAAUCACAAGAAAAAUCAUACUGCAUAGAAACCCAAUAAAUAAAUGUCAGUAUGGCAAAGUUUUGCAAGUCAUGGUAGUCUUUAUACAAGAGUAAAACUUUCAGUGUAUAAUUAGGCUGUUAAAGCCUAUGCAUAUCACAUUAAUCUCUCUGAGAAUCUAAAAAAAACACAUACCAAAGAGAAUCUGACUAUAAAGGAUUUGGUAAAAUCUUUAACCAACAUUUAUAUUCAGUUACACAAGAUUAUUGAUUCUGGAGAAAAAAAUCUGGCAAUUGUCAACAAUCUGUUCAAGUAUUAUGAUGUCACUAUUUUGUUGGUACCUGCAAACUCUCAUAGACAAAAGACCUAUUAAUUUAAAUUAUAAAUUAACCCUUUCAGAUUUCAUACUUCUCUUCAUUCACAGGAAAUAAACCCAUGAGCAAGACUUUUUGGAUAUGUAUUAGUACAUUUUCUGUUGCCGUAGCAAAACGUAAUAUCUGAGUCAGCUCAUGAAAAAAUUUAAUUUGGCCCUUGGUUCUAGAGAGAUACAGGAUCACUAUGAAAGUGGUAUGGCAACAAUUGUCAGACAUGGCUGGCUGCUAAAACAAGAAGCUAAGAUCUUACAUUCUCAACUGGCACCAUGAAGCAGAGAGUAGGAGCUGGAAAUGAUGUAUAGAUGGAAACUCCCAGGCCUACCCCCAGUGACAUAUUUCUUCAGCAGAGCAACAUUUCCUAAAUCUUCCUAAUACCAUGAGCUGAGAAGGACUGAUUUCUCUGACUUCAAGACUACCUACUGGCAUUCGGUUACAUUCUAUUACAUGAACCACUCCAUGAUGGAGAAAAAUUUUGUUAGCCUUUAAAAGUUUCAAUACCUGUGUUACAAGAAUGAAUGCUUAGAAGAGAAAAACACAAGAAAAAGUUUUGUUUAAAGUUUUCAAUUAUGUGAUGUCAAUGUGUCUUUGUGUGCACUCUAGUUCCCAAGAAGGUUAGACCCUGGGAGCUUCAUGUAGCAUGAAUUACAGGAAGUUUUCAAAAACCUGAGUUUGGUCCUGGUAAUGAACUUGUCUUAAUUGCUCAGACAUGUUUCUAGCCCUUUAAAUAUUUUAAAGCCUUUUUAUAUCAUCUUGAUGUCAGGAAAUAGGGAAGAACUCAUGCAAGAGGAGAAACCUUUUCAUAUAAAUGAUUUUGUAAAGAACUUAGACAUCAGAGUUGUCUUCAAGUUUAAGAAAAAAACCUUAAUUCAUCAAAGCCUUGAAGACAGCAAAUUACAUACCACGUUCAGUCAAGACUGAUGGUGGAGAUCACUGUGUUGUGGUUUCUGUUUUGCAACAUUUGAGCAAGAGUUGCCGAAAGAGGGAACGCAAAAAUGAGCAGACAGAAGAAAGGACAAAGGAAUGAAAAGCCAACAGAAUUCAUGGUAAAAAAUAAGUGACUGCUCUAUACCUGCAGCAUUCAAGUGAAGAAAACAGAAAAAUGAAAAUGAAUUUUGAAUUCUACCAAAUAUCUGGCUGGGUAGCUGCCCUCGCCAACUAGAACAUGUGACCAUCAAACUGAAGCAUGAAUUAGGAAUUACAGCUGUCAUGAAUUUCCAGACCGAGU